AUGGCGCUGAAUGGAAUAUACACUCCACAUGGCGGCGACGAUCAAACAUCUUCAAGAUACAUUGGUGAUUCGAAAGAGGAAAUUGUACUCUCCACCCUUGGUUUGGAUGCAUCCGGGCGUCCCGAGAAAGCGAAGCAAUCCGGCAUUAAACGAUACAGUGCAAUCUGCAUCGUCAACGGAAUCGUUGCUGUAUUUUUUGGAUUCGCGACAAAUCGUUUCAUUCGGCAUGAGCGAACCUGCCAAACGAAUUGUGGCUUGCGGUGGUGCGAUGGGUACGGUAUGCUGUUGCUGCUGUUGGGAUUCGUCUACGCGGGGUUGCUGUAUUUCCUGCUGCUGAAACCCAGACUGGAACGAACGCUGUACAGACGGUUGGCGCCGGUUGGAUCACAUAUCGGACGGAUGUUUCGAGCGCGCACAGCAAAACUGGCGCUGGGAGCGAUUGUCGUGCUAGGGUUUGCCGUUUUCCUGUACCUCGAUACGCGCUACAAUGCUAGCCGCUUGAUGCCCCUCACGGGGAUGGUUGUGUUUCUGGCCCUUUCCGCACUGAUGUCGAAACAUCCGAAACGGAUCAACUAUCGACCGGUGUGCACCGGUCUGCUGCUACAGGCGCUGCUCGGUUUGGUUUGCAUCCGCUGGGAGGUAGGCCGCAGCAUAUUCGCCUGCAUCGGCGCAAAGGUGGACACCUUCCUGGGCUACUCGUCCGUGGGUGCCGCAUUUGUUUACAGCGACGUGCUUAUCAAACAGUACGCUGUGUUUGCGUUCUCCGUGCUGAGCGUCAUAUACUUCUUCAGCUUCUUCAUCUCCAUCCUGUACUACCUCGGUGCGAUGCAGUGGAUCGUUCUGAAGUUGGGCUGGGUCCUGCAGUCUCUCAUGGGCACGACGGUUUGUGAGGGAAUCAUGGCGGCAGCUAACAUCUUUCUCGGCAUGAGCGAAACACCGCUCAUAAUCAAACCCUACGUGAAGGACCUGACGCACUCGGAGCUGCACUCGGUAAUGUCGUCUGGGUUUGCGACCGUCUCCGGGACGGUGCUGGCCGCAUACAUCUCGUUCGGUGCCAGUCCGGGGCAUUUGAUAACGGCAAGCGUUAUAUCGGCACCGGCCGUACUGUGCGUGGCGAAGAUCAUCUAUCCGGAGGUGGAAACAAGUAAAACGACAUCUGAAAACAUUUCCAUCGCAAAAUCUACCGAUUCCUCCGUGAUUGAUGCCGCUUGUAAUGGCGCAAGUUCCGCCACUACGCUGAUCCUGGGCAUCAUCGCCAACCUGAUCGCAUUCGUGUCGUUUGUGGCAUUUGUGAACGGGGUGUUGACGUGGCUUGGCAUGCUGGUCGGUGUGGAAGGUGUAUCGCUGGAAUGGGUUUGUGGGUACAUUUUCCGGCCGCUCGCAUUCGUCAUGGGGGUGUCCUGGAAGGAUAGUGAGCAAGUUGGACAAGUGAUUGGCAUCAAAACGGUGGUAAACGAGUUCGUCGCGUACCAGCGCCUUGGAGAGUUCAUUCGCGAUGAAGUUAUAACGAAACGGUCGGCCACGAUCGCAACAUAUGCCAUCUGUGGCUUUGCAAAUCCUAGCUCGCUUGGUAUUAUGAUAGGAGCGAUGAGUGCGAUGGCUCCCGAACGGCGCGGCUCUAUUACGUCCGUAUCUUUCCGUUCGUUCAUCACCGGAUCAAUUGCGUGCUUCAUGACCGCGUGUAUCGCUGGACUGCUGAUCGAUGAUUUCCAAGGAAUGGAAGGUUCGCGGAUGAACAUCUCGACAAUAUCGAAUUCUUCCGUUGUAUAA